UUUGCCUGCAAAUAAAUGAAUGUGGGGAGGUAACGGGUAGUAACCGCAAUUUGUCUGCCUGUAUUAAGGUGCGCCCCUCCAAUGUUCUUCAUCAUUCUACUCGACGAAGUCAUAUGUGUCGGGCAUUCGAUGACGGACACAAUGAUAUCUAAUUAUCCGUUCCUGAGCUGAUGGAGUCCAACUGCCUGUAUUCACCGGGUCCUCAUUUAAAAGAUUACUUAUUUGUUACGCUGUUAUCCUGCAUAAAGAUAUCGGCGAGACAUUUGAUUACAUUACCAAUUCAUACAUUUUGACUUCUGCAUGAUUAUGGUCGUGAAAAGAAUAUAAGCCAUCAUUGUAUGAAAUUAUGAUAAGCCGUAAAAUCGCGAAGAAGUGAUAGCACACGAAGACAGGAAGGUAUGACGAUAUUAAACAAGGGCAUCAACUAGAAAAUCGGAUCCAUUAUCACCCUGGGAGAUCAAUUCCUCAGAUUGCCGUGAAUCUUAUCAAUCCUUCCAAUUACAGAGCAGCCUACACAGGAUAAUGCUACUUGCGCCAUGGGAGAAUGGCACGCUCACAAGAAAAACAUGUCCGCUCAUUGGGCAAACAAGCGCGGCAAAUUGGAAGGGGUUUCCGAAAAUGUUAAAUAACUUCCGGUGGAUUUUCCAACAAAAGUCCCGGAUUCUCCAACGUCCUAAUUUGCAAUAAGCUAAUCAGACCGCCGUAAAGUCGGGUUGUUUAUAAUCAAGUUCUGCAGUCGGAAAUUGGUAAAUGCCCAAUCUUGCCAUUUAUUUGCAUUGUAACGAAACAGUGUUGAUGUUAUUUUGAAAGUAUUAUUGAAAGACUGUGGUCAAACCUGCUGAUCGGAAAAAAAGAAGGAAGAAAACCUCAGCUGAAAUUACGAGUCUAAAUGUUUUGCAAUAUAAAAUGAAUAAAUCAUUGCAUACAUAUAUGUUAUCUUGACAAAAAUUUAAGAUGAUUUCGCAGUGCCGUCACCCUAGUGAAACAGGACUCGGAAAACUACCAUGCGAGUUCAACUAUGCACCAAAAGGCGACUAUUCAAAACGCUCUGGUCAAUUUCUCAACGUACAUGUGACGUCAUCGGAUUUAUCAAUAUACACUUCUGCCCUCUAUUAUCGAUCUUUGAUAAUGUGUUCAAGUCACUGCAUGAUCUUGCAGUCAAAGGCUUUUGUUUAUAACGAUAAUACGGGCAAAUGUUCAAUUCUAAAGGACAAUGUGCCGAGUUUUAUGUGUAACGCUGGUGAACGAGGUGAGCGAGAUACCCGAAGCCGACUUAUGGUUAUGAUGGAAUUACUCACGAAAAACCACACCAGAGGCGGACUCUUUUUGCAAGAAAGCUUACCGUACAUAACAGGAACGAAAGGGUUUGAACAAAGCGAGAUGCACUUUUCGGAUACUUUGAACUUGACCGUGAUAUCAUUCGCGAGUGAGCAGCAAGUUGUUUUCGUUGCUUAUAAGCCGAAGAUAACCGAUGCAGGAACUCAAUAUUCGGUUCGGAAACUUUUCACGCGAGAUGGGUACACCAUGAAGAUACGGGUCUAUGGAAGUUUGAUCACGUGCUAUUUUUCUAAGUAUGACUUUUGGAAGAUUUAUAAAAUCGACGGCAGACUGUUAGCAAAGGUUAAGAGCUUUUCAAAUAUGCCUGGUAACUGGGAUUACAUUUGGGUUUAUCAGAAUAAAAAUGAUGUUCGUAAUGGACAUUUACUUGUUAAUUAUUUGAUAAAGUUCGCAUCGAGAUACGGUAAAAAAUGCAUCCACAGCAAUACAAGUAAAUACGGAAAACAAUGUCUUUGUGUUUAUAUUUAUGAUUACCAGAUUCAGUGGUCGGGUAAAAUAAAAAUUUCAAAACCUAGAAAGGUUUAUCAUUACUAUGCCACUAAAGUGGCGAAACCUCUAUGGCGCAUUGCUUCCACUACAAACCCUUUUAAUAGAGAUAUAUACGUAACAAUAAUUCGCAGCAGUUAUAAAGUAAUGAUUAAGCAAUUCUCAAGGAAGUCAAACUAUAACAAAUAUAGACGUUUUCCAUUGACCUUGAAAUCCUCAAGUAUUGGACGCCAUGUUUUUGACCGCCUGGCGACCCGCUUGUUGUUCUUUGUGGACAACUAUGGUAUCGCAGCUGUACCUUUAGAUCCUUGUAAUGACUACACCCCAGUUGGUGAUUACAUAUUGUUACUGCCGCUCAAAGAAUGGACCAUCCCUAUUGUAGACCACCAGCUCGGGUGCCUUCUCUUGAAGGGUGACGAUCUCAAUGAAACCUUCAAGGUUUACAAGAUAGCAAAGUGGUACACUCAGGCUCUUGACUAACGACUACGUUUCAGUUUCAUAUCGCAUUGACCUCCUGAAUAUGAAGUCGAACAAUGCGAUAGGCGUUCACGUGGACGUUUCGUCGGGGGCUUUGCGAAAACUCCCUGCCACGCGAUUUCGUCUGAUAUUCGAUCAUGCCAUUAGAGAGGUUCAGAUCGGUCCCGACUCCCACUCCCACUCCCGCUCCGACUCCGACCCGGGGUAUGGAGUCGGAACGUCAACGCGAGGUUCAGAAAAUUUACGAGUCCGAGAAUUCAGUUAUUCGUUCUACCGCUAGAUGGCACCCCGAAAUGUAAACAUAGCAGACGACGGAAUUAACUUCCGGGUUUGCAUAUCUAACGAUUUUGACGUUUUUAGUGGGAUGAUGAAUACUAAUAUGCUAUUGUAACUGGAGGAUAGUCCAGGAGAUUCCUCUGACGAGGAAGAAAUCCUUCUUUUAGGGGCAAUGGUUGGGUUUGUUGAAAAGUAUAUCAUGUACAUGAACACACAACAGACGACACAUAGAAUGGUGAUCUCGCACCGUGCUAAAACUACGCCCCAAUGCAAGUUACUCCAUCAAGUUUCCUAAUACUGGAUUGAGUUCGAGUGUUCUAUAUAUACCAAAGAGUGACAUGACAUAAAAUUUGUAAUCAAUAUUUCUUCCAAAUAUUGUUUUUUUGAAGUCGGAGAUCACUUACGACUCAGAGCAAUAGUUCCCGUUUUUUCAAGCGAGUGAGAUUUCUCCGCGGGGAAAUCCCACUGAAUUCGAUGACGUUGAUAACGAAAAUGGGAAUCACCCGUAGUCGGAGUGGGAGUCGGGACCGAUCUGAACCUUUCAGUGC